UUACUACUGCUCUCAAAAGAAGAUUUCCAAGUCUGGAAAGAAGAAAAGAACUCCCCUACCUUUCUUGUUCCCGCCCUUCGUCGUUUCGCGCCGCCGCCACCUCUCUGCCUCUCCGUCGUUUCUACUGGUAGCUCUUGCAUUCAUUGCCGUCGUUGCUUUUUCUCCACCAUCGAAGUCACCGCAAAAGCUGGCAACAGACAGAUUCUCUCCGAAAACUCAGGGGUGUUGUCUUCCAUAUAAAUAAGCCCAAAUUGGAGUAAAAUUCUGAUGGACUUCACGCCAUUCAAGCUGGACAUUGAUGAGUUAAUCAACGAGUUUGCGGAGUUUGGGUUCACUAAAUUAGCUGAAUUGAAGAAGAUAUGGGUGUCAAGAAAGUUCUCUUUCAUCUUUGAGGCUAGUCCUACCACAAACCAGGCUUGCUUCAUGCAGUCUCUCUUUGCCCACUCCAUUGGUAUGAUUUAUCAAAGUGCCUUUUUAUCCUUUCCUGCCAUCGCAUUGUUGUCCUCUGAUGUCUCUUAUUGAAUGUUGUGAGAUUACUUCACUUGCAACGUUGAGUUCUGUUUCAAAUAACCUGGGAAUAGCCUCUCAGGAUUGAUUGCUUUUGAUGUUUGGUUUGUCUCUAUGAUCAUGAGUGGUCUUAUCAGAUAUUAAUAGAUGGGGGUUCUGUUGAGUUUUAAGCAUAACCAUGCUUAAAUGCAUGGUGUUUCUCUUAAACUGACAAUCCUCUUAGAAGAAAAAUGAUAUAUCGUAGGACUUCUACUUAUUGGCUUGUUCUGUGUGUAGGUUACAUGGUAGCUGAAGGUUCAAUUUCACGUAGGCUGGGUGGACUUUAUUGCCUUUACUGCCUUUUCGAGACUCAACCAUUCAAGCCUCCAUUCAAGAUAUAUUUGUCUCUUGGAGAACUGAAGAGGCUCAAGAACCUUACUGUAGAUGCGAAACAACAAGAUAUAGGAGUUGUCUGCAGGUUGGUCAAACAUAUGCUGCAGAGGAACAUGUUCCUUUUUGGAUCUGUGGAUUCAAUAGAUGGUUCGACAGAGAAGUUAAAUGAACUGACAGCUGUGCAAAAUGCUCGUGUCCAAGUUGCCUACAAGAAGUUAUUUGCGAAUACUCAAAUUGAAGAUUUUAUCCACAUGGACUUGGGAAUUGAACUUGAUGUUGAUUUGCUCAAGCGAAAAUCAUCAAGUUAUGCAGCUGCAAAGGAACUUGCCAUCAGAGAGGCUGGUGAAGUGAUAGAUGUUGGAAAUAUUAAGCUCGCCACUGAGAACACACAGUUGAUCGGAGAUGUGGUGGAGAAGACUGCUGGAGAUUGGAACGCUGAGAAGGAGUUGUUCUAUAAGCAAACUGGUAUCAAUCAACCAUCAUCUGAGCAAGAAGGAAACCGACCUUCUAAGCAGCAAAAGCGUAAUGGCAACUCUAUUGAUGAUGGAGAUCUUAUGAGACAGGAAGGUUAUGAAAACAUCAAUGAGCAAGACGGCAAUGAGUGUAAUGAGGACUUUGACAUGGAACUGGAAGAAGCGCUUUUAUCCCUGCCAUUGGAAAAUGAAGAUGAAGAACCAAGAGACAUGAACUGAAUUCUAGAUAGGAAACUUUGUUAAGUAUAGGAAUUAACUCAUAGGGUACAGAAAAGAUGUAGUUUUGCAAGGACUUGAGAAGCAUGAGAAUAUGCUCAAGUACAGAUCAGACUGGGUCCAUCAUUUCUGAGUUUUACACUUACUCACAACCAUCUCUACACUUACAAAGGGGACUGAUUAUAACUUGAAACUUACAGUGC